AACUGAGGCAGAACCGGAAGUCAUAGAUCUUGUUUACCGUGGUUACAGGUGCGAGAUGAUAACGGAUUUUCGAUAAUUAAGUAUGAUUUGAAGUACUGUGGACAAACUUACUGCGUACAUAAGUUGCAGACAAUCGUAUAUUUCAGGGUUUAAAGACGCAUCUCAAUUUCUAUUUCCGACCCUUGAAUCAUGCGUCUCUUCAAUGACAACAAACCGAAGGAUGUCACCGCAUACCCAGGUUAUGAUCCCGGAUACACGUCACCACGCCCAGUCGCGCGUGUUAAACCGGAAGCUGAAGAGUUCGCAUGUAAAGCACGUGGCUCUCUCGAGCUGUUCGGGUCUGGAGAACCCAAAGUCAUACGUCAACCACAGCGCGAGCCGAGAUGUCAGACUGGCGAAGCAAUGGAUAACUAUCAGCUAGGGAGAAAUGGUAUGGUGUCCAGCCUCCUUGGGGGCCAAGGGGGACCUCCUCCGGUAUCGUCACGUGUCGAGCGCGUGAAACCAGAAGCCAGGGAUAUCGCUAAUGCUCACUCUGGAAGUGGAACAGCUUCACUAUUUGCAAAUUAUGGCAAACUGCCAAGAUCUGCACGCGCUGCACCACGUAUCAAAGCGGAAGCGGAAGAAGCUGCCGAGGCACACAAGGGUGGAAAUAUGAAUAAGCUGAUGCAUGAUCCACGUAAGUUACCACAGUCUGCGAGACCUGCACCUCGCGUGAAGGGGGAAGCCCGUGAUACUGCAGAAAAGGAAGGGAAGUCGAUGAACAAGAUCCUGACAAAGUUCGCUGUCGGGCCUAUCAGUGGUCGUCCAGAGCCUCGUGUGAAACGUGAGGCACAAGAAACGGCCGACAUGGCGAAAGGUGGGCGAGUGAACGAUAUGUUUACACAAUACGGUAAAAUGCCUUUGUCUGCCAAACCUGUUCCGAAGGUAAAAGGCGACGGGCAGGAUAACGCCAGUAUGGCGAAGGGUGGGCGCAUGUCUCGUCUGAUGCAUGACAUCAACAAACUUCCGUCCGAUCCCCGCCCCGUCCCCCGGGCUAACUCGUCCUCGGCGAAGAGAAAUAUGAAAGCCCAUCGCGGACAGAUGGCGUCAGUAUUCGCUGAACAAGGCAGCAGAACCAUUGCGAUGACAGCAGCUCGCUAGAACAUGGCUCCAUUGGGGUCAGCAGCUCACUAGAACAUGUCUCCAUUGGGGUCAGCAUCUCACUAGAACAUGUCUCCAUUGGGGUCAGUAUCUCACUAGAACAUGUCUCCAUUGGGGUCAGUAUCUCACUAGAACAUGUCUCCAUUGGGGUCAGUAUCUCACUAGAACAUGUCUCCAUUGGGGUCAGCAGCUCACUAGAACAUGGCUCCAUUGGGGUCAGUAUCUCACUAGAACAUGUCUCCAUUGGGGUCAGUAUCUCACUAGAACAUGUCUCCAUUGGGGUCAGCAGCUCACUAGAACAUGUCUCCAUUGGGGUCAGUAUCUCACUAGAACAUGUCUCCAUUGGGGUCAGUAUCUCACUAGAACAUGUCUCCAUUGGGGUCAGUAUCUCACUAGAACAUGGCUCCAUUGAGGUCAGUAUCUCACUAGAACAUGUCUCCAUUGGGGUCAGUAUCUCACUAGAACAUGUCUCCAUUGGGGUCAGCAGCUCACUAGAACAUGUCUCCAUUGGGGUCAGUAUCUCACUAGAACAUGUCUCCAUUGGGGUCAGCAGCUCACUAGAACAUGUCUCCAUUGGGGUCAGUAUCUCACUAGAACAUGUCUCCAUUGGGGUCAGCAGCUCACUAGAACAUGUCUCCAUCGGGGUCAGUAUCUCACUAGAACAUGUCUCCAUUGGGGUCAGUAUCUCACUAGAACAUGUCUCCAUUGGGGUCAGCAGCUCACUAGAACAUGUCUCCAUUCGGGUCAGUAUCCUGAUCUCACCAACACCAUAUCGAGUCGUGGUUAUGGAUACCAACAUUAUAGUUAACCUUUUCUUACCAAACAUUUCGUGGAUGCUGCGAGGCUUGAGAUGGUGCUUUUGUUUAUAAUAACCAUUUGGUGUUAAUGGUUUUGUCUACAGUCGUACGUUAAAUGUCGUCUGCGUGGAUUUUGUUUUGAAUUUAAUAUUCUUUUGCUGUUAGCUUUUGCUUUGGUGAAGGAGUAGAAUCAUUUUCUUUUCAAACUCCCAUUUUCCGGUGGAACAUGAAAUAGCCUAGUGUGAGACGAACUAUCGUGGAUAUUUUAUCGUGUUUGUACUGUGAUGUUAUGUUUGUCGUAACCAAUGACUGUCGUUAUGACAAUAGGUCGUAUAUUGCUUUUUCGGGCGUAGAUUUAAUAAGGCAUUAGCAACAUGUUAACAAAUAUUCGAUUAAUAAUAACGUUUUCAUUGAGAGUGGUAUAUUUUCAAUACCUGGCAGAUUUCAAAUUCGUUAGUUCACUAAAUCAUUUGAAGUUUUUUAAAGCAAUUUUUAACUCAAUAAUCUUGGAAAUUUUCGGAAAACGUCGAGUUUUAUAACUGGAUGUUUUCCGGUAGUGCUUGCCAGCACGAAUGAGGGAUGCCGAAUCGGAAGUGAACCGAAUGCAAUUUAGUACUUCCCCCGAUUAACGGAAGUGGUUGAUUUGAGCAACAUCUCAGAGCAUUGCUUGUUCGUGUAUUAGUGUAGAUAUAGAUCUUGUUUGCACAGAUUAUUGUACCAGAGAUAGUCUUGGGAUAGUUUUGUCUGCGAAAGUAGAUAAUCAUUUGCCCCGUCUCAUAUUUUUAUAUGCAUUACACCCCCUACUCCCACGCGUAACCGUAAUGCAAUACGUCCUGCAAUACACGUGAAUUGUGGAUUUCUGUUAUUUCUAGUUUCUUUCUCUCCUAAGAGUCUAAAAUAGGUGUUUUUUCGAAUUAAUAUGUAUUUGCAGCAUUCAAUAGUGUAUAUUUUCUUAUAGAUCUCCCCUCUUUAAAAAGAUAUUAACUUUUGUAUUGUGUAUUUUUAUGGUUGAUAUUGAUGCUCGCAAUGACUUCAUUAAAUGUUGUUUAACCUCGUCACUUAUGGAUAUAUGCAUCAUUGAGAUAAAUUAUUCAUUUCUGGUAUUUUUACUAUUAAUAGAUAAUUCUGUCGUUACAAUACAAUGUACUUAUGUUUUUCACAUCAAAAAGGCACUUGUGCGAAUAUUUGGAAUCAGAUUUUAACGCUUAAAGAACCUAUAUAUUGACUGUAGUUGUAAUGUACUCUACGACAUUUUUAUAUUCAAUCAGAGUGAUGUUAUCUUUUAUCAUUGUUAAAGUUAUCAUUAUACUCAAUCAAAGUGUUGUGGUUUUAUAAAGGGGCGGCUAGAGUUAUGACGUAAUACAACACUAUAGCAACGCUUAUUGUUUUGUAGACAUCAUCGGACCAUGAACAGCUUCGAGAUAAAUAUUAUUCUCGAUGUAUUGCGUCAAUACGGUGAAAUGCAGUAUCGUUAUAAAAAAAGCUUUACUGAUUAUAUAAACUACAUUUACUUAGCAAUAGUACACAAUCAACCUUCUAUAGUCGUAUAGAACUUAUAUUAGACAUACAGUAGUUAAAGGAUUAAACUCGAGGACACCUGUAUCAGCUAGCUCACCAGUACAAUAGUGACGUUGUACUUACAUGCAUAUUAACAUGCGUGUUGGAAUCAUGACUUUUAUUUCUUAAAAGUAUUUUUCAUUUAGUCGAAAGUGCAAUUUUUAAUUUUAUUAUUUUCAUAUUGUGUAACACUGUCUAAGUUGUUGUUUUGUAUUUGUAUUUUUGCUUAAGAUGAUAAUAAUUUUGAUAUUUGUGUUUUUUAACGAUUACGCGAAUUUAAACCAAUCUAAUCUGUGAUAUUGUACGUCUGUGUUGUAGUUGGAUGUGCUCACUUUUUGUAUAAGUUGCUCAACCUGGGAACAUUUUAACCCGUAAUUGUAGUCGUAAGGUACACGAAUAAGAAUGGCAGAACUUUUAAUUCAAGGACGAUUUUUUUUAAACUCUUAGAAAUGUCUGCUGGGGGGGGGGGGGGGGGGGGCAAAGUUUCUUCACUCCUUGUCUACUGGUCUAUGAAGCAAUUUGUCGAUAAAAAGUAUUCUAUGACAUAGUAUCAUAAUAUUUUUUCGAAUGACAAGAGAUAUAAAUUAUGAAGACUAGUUUCGUUUAGGGGGACUUCAGUGCUGUGUUUUGAUUAUUUUACUAAGCUUGGAAUUUUUUUAAUAUCAAAUCUCUUUUUUAGUACCUGUGUCUACCAUAUAUAGUAAUUUUCUUUCCGUUUUAAUUCCUAGACAUUUCGUUUUGUUCUAAUAAUGCAAUUUAAUGGUUAAGUUUCUAACAUUGAAUCCUACCAACGCUACUUUUGAAUCGUCUAAAAGAUAUUAAUUUGUUAAUAAGAAGACCUGCAGAUAACACUUAAUUGUAUUUUUGUAUGUAGUUAUGAGAUGUGUGUUUACUUAACAGGAUCGAAACAGGAAAUUGUAACUUUGUUUCAAAUUGAAAACCUUGUGUACGAUUGUGUAGUUGAUAAAUAAAAUUAUCAAACAAUCAAAA